GAGAGUAUGACACUACGCUGAUGUCAAUUACAUGAACAAAGGCAUUGCACAGUUAUACGUCAAGAAGCGCAAAUUUGCAGACCAAUCUCCUCUCAACCUUGGCAUUGACUCCUCCAAGAACGCUGUUACUUCAAUAAAGGAUUCCAUCUUUGUAUUAUAUAGCACCAUGUAGAUCAGUUGUUGAAUUUCCAAGCAGUCACGUGCUCUUUAGUACUUCUUAUGCUCCAACACCUUGAGCAUGGCCAAGGAACAAAAGCCUUUCCUCUUGGGUCUAACGGGAUCAAUAGGCAUGGGGAAGAGCACAGUCAGCUCCAUGUUUCGUGAAACUGGCGUUCCAGUCUUUGAUGCCGACCAGGUUGUUCACCGAUUAUAUAGUCAGGGAGGAGGCGCAGUCCAUUUGAUUGGCGAGCACUUCCCACAGGCCAUAGUUGAUCAAGCUGUGGACAGGCAACAGCUGAGCAAAUGUGUGGUGGGCAACAAGGAAGCUCUGAAACAGCUUGAAGGCAUUGUACAUCCCCUUGUCUCGGACGAACGGCGCAAGUGGCUGCUGAUCAAAAGCAAGGACGGGGGCCACCCAGUGCUGCUUUUGGACAUUCCCUUGCUCUUUGAGACAGGAGCAGAGCACAUGGUUGACGCAGUUGCUGUAGUGAGUGCUCCUUUAGACCUUCAAUAUGCUAGGGUGCUUGCGCGACCAGGCAUGACGAAAGUGCAGAGACGCUGGAAGCAAUCUUAGCGAGACAACUUCCGGAUGAGGAGAAACGACGAAGAGCAGAUUUUAUCAUAAACACGGGAGUAUCACUGGAUGAGACUAGGGAGCAUGUCCGGGCUCUGUUGAAAGGCUUGAGGGGUCGAGAAGGAAUUGCAUAUGACAAGCAUUUCAGCGUUUGACAAGAUUCGAGUUGUGCACACCCAACCUUCCUCGUUUACAAAAAGUGAUUCCUGGGAAAUAACGUUAACGCAGAAACGGCGGUGCCAUUUAGAUCUUGUGAUUCUGUACACAUGUAAAUUGCUGCACCC